UAUUUUUUAUCCUUCUAAUGUUAAUUUUAAUUUAUAGGAAAAAUGUCUAGUUCAAAUUCUGCCAAUAACACACAAUCUGCCUUUGAUGCUGAAGAUGAUAAGCCACUGUGGAAAUAUGUGACUAGAUUAGAAAAAUUUGGUGCAAGAUGGGGGAAUUAUACUUUUCAAUGUAACUUUUGUCGGGUUACACGUAAAGGUUCAUACACUAGGGUAAAAGUCCAUUUGAUGCAAAUUAAAAAUCAGGGGAUAGAAGUGUGUCCAAAAGCAACAAGUAAGGAUAAAGCUAAUUUUGAGAGAGUAAUUGCAGAAGCAGAGUUGAAAUUGAAAAACUCUAGGUUGAAGAAAGUCCCAUUGCCUCCUCCUAGUUCAAGUGCAUCAUUAGGUUUAUGUUUUAAUGAACCAGAGGAGAUGUAUGGAUCAAAAAGGAAGAGGUCAACUGCUAUUGGGAGUGGAAGUAGUAGUAACCCUGUUCUGAAAGCAUUUAACAUUGGGGCUCGAGAAAGACUAAAUAGUGAGAUAGCUAGAAUGUUUUAUUUAGCAGGCUUGCCAUUUCAUUUGGCAAGAAAUCCUUACUAUGUUAGUGCAUUUACUUUUGCUGCAAAUAACAACAUACAAGGAUAUGUACCACCUGGGUAUAAUAUGUUGAGAACUACAUUGCUUCAAAAAGAAAGGAUAAACAUUGAUAGGUUGUUAGACCUUAUUCGAGGCACAUGGAGAGAGAAGGGUGUGCGUAUAGUCAGUGAUGGAUGGAGUGAUUCCCAACGGAGGCCAUUAAUAAAUUUUAUGGUUGUUACCGGAGGUGGGCCUAUGUUUCUUAAAGCAAUUGAUUGUUCAGGGGAAACAAAAGACAAGUAUUUUAUUUCCAACUUGAUGAAGGAAGUAAUUAUGGAGGUUGGGCCUAAAAAUGUGGUUCAAGUAAUUACAGAUAAUGUUGCAAAUUGCAAGGCAGCGGGGCAUCUAAUUGAAGCACAAUUUCCUCACAUCUUUUGGACUCCUUGUGUUGUGCACACCCUCAAUCUUGCCUUGAAGAAUAUUUGUGCUGCCAAGAAUGUGGGAAAUAAUUCAGUUGCAUUGGAAGAGUGUAAUUAGAUUAGUGAGAUUGUGGGUGAUGUGAUGAUGAUCAAGAAUUUUAUUUGUAAUCAUUCCAUGAGGUUGGCAAUGUACAAUGAGUUUGUGAGUUUGAAGCUUCUUUCAGUUGUCGAAACACGCUUUGCUUCUUCCAUUGUCAUGCUUAAGAGGGUCAAGUUGAUAAAGCAAGGUUUCCAAACAAUGGUAAUCAGUGACAAAUGGAGUUGUUAUAGGGAUGAUGAUAUUGGUAAGGCCAAGUUUGUGAAGGAUAAGUUGUUGGAUGACUUUUGGUGGGAUCAAGUCAACUACAUAUUUUCCUUUACUACUCUUAUUUAUGACAUGAUUAGAGUUUGUAACACCGAUAGACCUUCUCUUCACUUAGUAUAUGACAUGUGGGAUACAAUGAUAGAAAAAGUGAAUAUGGUGAUAUAUAAGCAUGAAGGAAAGCGACUAGAAGACGAGUCUACAUUCUAUAAUGUAGUACAUCAGAUUCUUGUAGACCGGUGGAACAAGAACAACACACCACUUCAUUGCUUGGCACACUCAUUGAAUCCAAGGUAUUAUAGUGAUGUGUGGCUUCAUGAGGAUCCAAGCCGAAUUCCCCCACAUAGGGAUGAGGAGGUUUGUCUUGAGAGAAAAAAGUGCUUGAAAAGGUUCUUUGAUGAUCCAAUGGAGCGCACUAAAGCAAAUUUGGAGUAUGCUAAGUUCUCAACAAAAGAGGGGCCAUUUGCUGACAUUGAUUCCAUUGGAAAUAGAUGUGAUAUGGAUCCUCAUAGUUGGUGGGUUGUUUAUGGUGCAUCUGCACCCACUCUUCAAUCUUUGGCUUUAAGGCUACUUGUGCAACCUUCUUCUUCAUCAUGUGUUGAGAGGAAUUGGAGUAUAUACUCUUUUAUCCAUUCAAUGAGAAGAAAAAAGAUGACACCCCAACGUGCAGAGGACUUGGUUUUUGUUCAUAGCAACCUCCGUCUUUUAUCAAGGAGAACCCCACAAUACCUUGAAGGAGAGACCAAGUUAUGGGAUAUUGCGGGCGACACAUUUGAUUCAUUUGAUGAUGUUGGGAUGCUUGAGGUUGCAAAUCUAUCACUUGAUGAACCUGAGAUGGAGGUUGUGUUGUUUACAGAUGAUGGAGGUGCAAACGAAGAAAAAGGUGGUGAUGCUAAUGAUGAUGAAGAUGUGCAAGAAAUUGGAUCUACUUGAAGUUUUGAAAGGCCUACUUCUUUUCUUUUCUUUUCUUUUCUUUUUCCUUCUUCUUUGCCUCUUAUUUAGUGCUUUUGUGAAGAAUAUUGAUGGAUGUUGGAUGUUGGAUGUUUUCCCCUUAUAUUUAGGGUUGGUUUGGGAUGUCCUAAAAAAGUGCACUUUUUGACUUAUUGGUGGGUUUGGGUUGGGUUUGAUGUGAUGUGUU